ACUUCGCAGUAAAGUAGGAAUCGCGGCUUGAGACUGCCGUCUCACUGUCACCUCAAAGCCACUCGACAUGCCGCGCGUGUGAAUCGUUAAAUUACAGAUGAAAUAUAUCAGUAUUAGUGAAAAGUUAACUGUUCGCUGUGAUAAUGUCUAAUAGUUAUAACAUGAAGGAUUUUAGUUCGACGGCGGUGAUUACUGAAAAUGGACUGUAUCCAUCCACAAUAUCUAUAGACACAAUUAAUACAAAAUGCAAAGAUAGAAAUUUGGAAGAAAGCGACUACGACCUUUUCCAGAACAGAAAAUUGGAACACCCGAACUCAGAUGUAAGAUCAUUCGCCAAUCUACUCAAGUCGUCCUUAGGAUCAGGUAUUCUAGCAAUGCCAGCUGCUUUCAAGAAUGCCGGGUCUCUAGUUGGAGUAUUUGGAACGAUAUUUUUAGGAUACAUUUGUACGCAUUGCGUGUACUUAUUGGUAAAGACAUCGCAAGAUGUUUCGAGAGUGUCAAAAGUACCUUCGCUUGGGUACGCGGAGACGGUUGAGGCGGUGUUUGCAACAGGGCCCAGACCAUUACGGAAAUUUUCGAAGGCGAGCAGGAUAUUUAUAGACUGGGCUAUGGCACUCACAAUUCUUGGCGCCUGUGCUGUCUAUGUCAUCCUACUCGUGGAUUCUGUGCAGCAGAUAGUAGACUUCUACAGCAAAGACAAUGAAAUUAACAAUACCAUGUACUGCCUGAUGUUCCUGGUUCCCAUUCUAAUAUUCACUCAGAUAAAGAAUCUCAAGUAUAUAGCUCCGUUUUCUGGCUUCGCGAACAUUCUGUUGGUUCUGACCUUCCUAAUAUGCAUCUAUUAUAUUUGCGAUGAGUUCCCCGAUUUCGACAGUAAGCCAACUUCAGUUGGAAUCGACAGGUUGCCGUUAUUUAUUGGAACAGUUAUUUUUGCUAUGGAAGGUAUCGGAGUGGUGCUCCCAGUAGAGAAUACGAUGGCUAAGCCGCAGCACUUCCUGGGGUGUCCUGGCGUUCUGAAUAUCACCAUGUCUAUCGUGGUAUUAUUGUACAUGGUCAUGGGAAUUCUGGGCUACCUGAAAUAUGGCAAUGACGCUGCUGGAAGCAUAACUUUAAAUCUACCAACGCAGGAAAUACCUGCGCUUAUGGCGAAAGUAUUCAUUACACUUGCCAUAUUCUUCACAUACAUCUUGCAAUUUUAUGUUCCUAUGGAGAUCGUGUGGCGAAAUAUUAGAGAAAAAGUAACGCAAAGGUAUCACAACCACGCUCAAGCUGUUAUGAGAGCUAUUUUUGCUAUACUUACUGUUGCUGCAGCGGCUUUGUUCCCACGACUAGAGCAAGUCAUCGGUCUAGAAGGAGCCUUCUUCUAUUCAUUUCUUGGCCUGAUCGCGCCAUCAAUCAUACACCUGAUUUUUAGAUGGGAAAGAGGUCUAGGAAAAUUCAAUUAUAUUAUUUAUAAGGACAUAUUUCUCAUCGUGUUUGGAUUUUUUGUUUUAGUGACAGGAGUUAUGCAAAGUAUCAAAGAAAUUAUAAGGACUCAUUGAAGUGUUGUGUUAGAUAUUUGUAGUGUUAUAUUACUAACGGUAGUAAAAUAACAAUAUAGGUUUGUAAUAUCAUUUAUGAUACAAAACGAAUGUGAUGUUUUUGAUUAAUAUUUAUUUAUAAAGAUGUUUAUUGACGGACAAGGGUCUAUACGUAGCCCGAGUCAGUUUUUUUGAGUAUUAAUGCAUUGUAUAGAAAUGUUUUUAUUAAAGUCUAACUCUAUUGGCAUGAACGCAAGUGCCUUAAUAUUGUAAUGAAAAAUGUUUUGACUAAAGUAAACCUCAACAUUAAUAAUUACAAAAAAUUAUGUCAUUGAUUGACAUCUUGACAUUGACUUACUUGACAUAUUGACAUUAUGUUCCCUUUUUUAAUUUGCACAGCUAACGUCAAAUUUCAUACAUUUUGACAUUUUGUAAUUACAAAGAGGAUGUAAAUACUAAAUAGGCGGGACUGCGUAAAAAUUUAAAUUUAGUUUAAUAUGUAACGUGCAGUGAUUUGACAUAAGUAUGAAAUAGUAGUAAUUACAGUAUGGCGACGAAUCCGGCAAUUUUUUUUUGUAUAAUAAUAUUAUAUUUAUUUGCAAAAAACAGUAUACAAUGGUGUUAAAAUAUUAUAUUAAUGAGCUUAUAUGUUUUGCUAGCUAUUCCUAGCAUGCAAAUAUUUAAGUUGAUACAAUAAUUAAUAUCAGAAUUUCUUAUCCAUGAAUUCCUUAACACUAUAAAAAUUAUAAGCAUUAGCCAACUAUUAGCUUAUUCUUAAAUAAUCUAGAAUUUAAAUUUUUAAUGCUACUCGGUAACUUAUUAUAAACACGAACACAAUUACAUACACAACUUUUGUUACGUUUAGUAGUUUUAGGAACAUCAUGUAGAACGAGUCCUUGUGGAUCGAGGUUAUUAGCUAGCUGACAAUGCUUUAUUGAAAGCGAACAGUUGCUUUAAACGUAUUGGAUUUUGACUAUCUCCGUUUUUGCAAGAUUAUAGCCGUCAUCUGUCAAUCUAUCAAUGGCCGCACGUUUCAUACAAUCGAAUUAAUCGCUUUUCUCUUAGAGAGUUUCGCUAGGCUGGUAAUUACUUCGCCCCCUACUGAUCACAAUGGAUGUACUUGUAGUAAAAUUUGUAUUACAAAUAUAAUUCCUAUAUCUAUAAUUAUUGACCUGACCAGACUUGUCUAUUUGAAACUGCCCCAAAAGAUCAAUAAUAAAUCUUACGUUUGAUUGGGAUGGUAUUAUUGCAAACUUUCUUCGUUUAUAGUUACAGGGUGUACAUAUUUUAUAAGUAAUCUAAUUAGUUAUAAAAAUAUUUAUAGUAAAAUCAUACAGUCAAUAUAUUUAAAGACCAUUUAGUAAAUGUGUGUUAUUGUAAAUACCAUUUGUAAUUAUAUAAUGAAUUUAAAAUUAAUGACAAUGAAGAGUUUACUUUUACCUGGAUGCUGGUAAACAUAAUUGGCAUUUACGUUAAGCAGUGGCUGCAAAUCAAAUUUGUAAACCUGACGUAGCAUCUAAGUACGUUAAUAAAUUUUUAUCAAAGU